AUGUCCACCUUCGAUUCACUCGUCGCCGACCUCACUCGCGACGUUAAUCGCGUUCAGCCUAAAGACGCCCUGCAAUUUUGUGCUAAUUGGUUCCAGUCCCGUCUUGAAGAACAGCGCGUUCGUAUGCGCGACGUCCUCUCCCAACGCCCUUCUUCGGCGCGCGACCUGCCAACUGAUCAUUAUCUGGAUAGGCCCUUAAGUCCAACUGCCGGGGCAUCCCACUUCUCCAGCAUCUCGCCUCUCGCUCAGCCAUUUCCUAAUCAUCGCUCUUCUCUGCACAACCCGAUGUCGAAUUCGAGUCCCUUCGGUACGCUCAAUGUGCCAGGCAACGCUCUUCUUGCAGAUUCGGGAAGUAGAGAAAUGACUCCGCCAACAUUCAGGCUUGAGUCACAAGAGCUCUCCCCGACCUCGCCCUUCAGUGCGCCAAAUCCUUUUGCGUCGUUCGCACAUGGAUCCAUCUCCCCUAGUCCGAACGAUUACUUGCACUCGCCCAAUCCCACAAUACUCGCUCGCCGACCCUCUGUCUGUGCCGAAUCAAUUCCCGUGGACAGUGAAUCUGACGAGCCUCUGCCUGUGUUUCCCAAAACGGAGGACCAACUACAACGCAUUCGUGCUUCGAUUGCCGACAAUUUCAUCUUCCGCGACUUAGAUGAGGAGCAGGAAACGGGAGUGCUCAACGCGAUGCAGGAGACGCGGGCUGUAGCAGACGAAGUAGUUGUCCGUCAAGGCGACGUCGGAGAGUACUUUUACGUAGUCGAAAGCGGCUGGCUCAACUGCUACAUCCGUCCCGAACCUCUUCCUCCCACCUUUUCGACAGGCAAUAUCGCGUCUCAGGAGAAGAUAUUGAAGGCAGGGCAUCAUCCUGACUUUGGGAAGAAGGUGGCAGAGUGCCGGGAGGGGAGUUCGUUCGGCGAACUGGCCUUGAUGUAUGGCCAUCCUCGCGCCGCGACCGUAGUGGCAAUGGAGCCAUGCACGCUGUGGUCACUCGACCGAAUCACUUUCCGUACUAUCAUUCUCAAAGCGGCACACCGACGGCGCACAAUGUAUGAGCAGUUUUUGUCAUCAGUGCCUCUGUUGACAUCGCUGGAGCCGGAGGAGCGCAGCAAGGUCGCAGAUGCACUCGUGAGCAAGGUUUACAUGGACGGCGAGGCGGUGGUAAGGCAGGGUGAUAUGGGUGAAACAUUCUUCUUUGUCGAGGAAGGAGAAGCUCUUGUUACCAAGGCGCAGGGAACGCCGGACGGUGAUACUAUUGAAGCUCAAGUUGGGCAUCUAACAAAGGGCGAUUACUUCGGAGAAUUGUCGCUGCUACGGCUGGAGCCCCGUGCCGCGACGGUGAGUGCGAUUAUCCGCACCGACCCAGGGAAGCCGAAGCUCAAAGUUGCCGCCCUCGAUGCGCAUGCGUUUACACGACUGCUGGGUCCCUUGCGGGAGAUAAUGGAACGCAAUGCGGGGCAGAGCUACGGACCAGGACCGCGGAUGUCGAGAUGA